GAGUGAGACGUGUAGAAUCGUGCGAGGCGGGUGUACACGCGAGUUGACUUAAGAGCAUUAUCGGUAUUUCGGCGUAAAAGCGUCGACGUAGAAAUCCAGCGAUCUCACAUCGUCGUCGUCGACAGGGUUGAACCGGGCGACAUUCGCUCGAAAUUCGGAUGCCUCCUCGCGCGCUGUGAUUGCAAGACGUUUCCUACUCUCUCCGCGUCGUCCGCUAGUGUUUACCAAAUCGGUGCUAGUGGUGGCGGUGGUGGUGGUGCUGGUGGUGGCGGUGGAGGAAGCUGGGAGGGUGACUCCGACGGAAGAGGAGUGCGUCGUGUUUCAGAGAAAGGGGCGACAUGGGGUGGAGCUAUAUUCGCAGGCUGUCCCUGCUCUUCUUCGUCCUGGCGAUAACAGCCUCUGUCAACUUCGUUCACGGUUUUUCCACCGAAAGUGCGGGCGCAUGUCCACUACGACAAUUCCGCUGCGAGAACGCGAAAUGCAUACCAGUUACGUGGGUCUGCGAUGGAGAUAACGAUUGCGAGGACAAUUCCGACGAGCGUACGGAGGAAUGCAAAUCUACCAAGGCCUGCACAAACGCGGAGUUCAGGUGUACCAAUGGGCGAUGCAUUCUCAAAAACUGGCAAUGCGAUGGCGAGAACGACUGUCCCGAUGGAUCCGACGAAGAUCCUACCAUCUGCCGGUUUCGUCGAUGCUCCGAAACGGAGUUCGAGUGCAGUCCCGGAGUCUGUAUAACUAAUGUCUGGGUCUGUGAUAACCACGAGGACUGUGCCGAUGGGUCGGAUGAGAAAAAUUGUCGAAGAAGCAACAAUUGCACUGCUGAACAAUUCACGUGUCGCGGAGGCAUCGGACAGUGUGUACCAUUGACCUGGAUGUGCGACGAUCACCCGGAUUGUUUGGAUCGUUCGGACGAGACUGACUGCAAUAACACUUGCCGUGCCGAUGAAUUCACCUGUGACAACAAGCACUGUAUUCAGCGGCACUGGGUCUGUGAUCAUGACGAUGACUGUGGAGAUGGAAGCGAUGAAAAAGACUGCCAACCAUCAACGUGUCAACCUGAUACACAGUUCACCUGCUCAAAGGGUUACUGCAUCACAUCACGGUGGCGAUGCGAUGGAGAUUUAGAUUGUCCUAAUGGUUCUGACGAAAUUGGGUGCACAGAUAGUCCACCCGAUGAGAGAAUAAACCACUGUGCACUCCACGAAUUCUCAUGCGAUGACCACAUCACUUGUAUACAUCAGAGUUGGGUAUGCGAUGGCGCUAAAGAUUGUCCCGAUGGCGCUGAUGAAUCUCCCAGUAAUUGUCGAUCGGUCACUUGCAGACCAGACCAGUUUCAGUGCUCAGAUCGAAGCUGCAUUUCAGGACGUCUCUACUGCGAUGGAAUAAAAAAUUGUCCAGAUGGUGCUGAUGAAAAAAACUGCACAGCAGCAGACGUUGUUUGUGACCCGCUAAAACAGUUCGAUUGUGGUCAUGGCUCAUGUAUACCACUGAGCAGUUUGUGCGACGGAAAACCUGAUUGUUUGGGAUGGGAAGAUGAACCGCGAGAUCUGUGUAACAAAAAUGAAUGCCUUGUUAACAAUGGUGGCUGUUCACAGAUAUGCAAUGAUCUUCCAAUUGGUUUCCGCUGCGAAUGUAGAAGUGGCUACAGAUUAAUAAACAACCAAACUUGUGAUGAUAUCGACGAAUGCCUGGAGCCAGGAAGUUGUUCGCAGUUCUGUAAGAAUGAAAAGGGUACCUUUAAAUGCAGUUGCGAUGCUGGUUAUCUCAGAGAUCCGCGAGACUUAACUCGCUGCAAAGCAGCUGAGGGCCACGCAAGUUUAUUAUUUGCUAGACGUCACGACAUUCGAAAAGUAGCACUGGACCGUCCAGAGAUGACAGCAAUUGUAAACAACACCAAAAUGGCAACAGCUCUGGAUUUCGUCUUUCGAACUGGUAUGAUAUUCUGGAGCGAUGUCAGUGAUAAGAAAAUAUAUAAAGCUCCUAUUGACGAGGGUAAUGAACGAACUGUUGUCAUUGAUCGUGAUCUAACUACAUCAGAUGGUCUUGCUGUAGAUUGGAUUUACAAUCACAUAUACUGGACGGAUGCUGAAAAAAAUACAAUUGAACUAGCAAAUUUUGAAGGUAAUAUGAGAAAAACUCUGAUAAAAGAUCGCGUACAAGAACCCAGAGCAAUUGCUGUCAAUCCACUUGAGGGUUGGAUGUUUUGGACGGACUGGGGUGACGAUGCUAGAAUUGAAAGGGCUGGGAUGGAUGGCUCGCAUCGUUCGAUCAUCGUUGGAACCGAAGUGAAGUGGCCAAACGGUUUAACAUUGGAUUUAGUUGGAAAGAAAUUAUAUUGGGUGGAUGCAAAAUUGAACAAAAUUGCUUCUUGCAACUACGAUGGAUCUGGGAGACGCACUGUAUUAUACUCGCCUGAUAUUCUCAGGCAUCCGUUCAGCAUUACAACGUUUGAGGAUUACAUUUUCUGGACAGAUUGGGAUAAAGAAGCUAUUUUUAAAGCUAACAAAUUCACCGGCAAAGAAGUUGAGGCAAUAACUUCUGUGAGGUCUGUUCAACACCCGAUGGCUGUACACGUAUAUCAUCCGUAUAGACAACCUGAUGGGAAAAAUCAGUGUCAGGCAGUAAAUGGGCACUGUAGUCACCUUUGCCUACCAGCACCAAAAAUCAGUGCAAAAUCCCCUCUUCUCAGUUGUGCUUGUCCAGAUGGGCUCAGGCUAUUACCCGAUGGUCUCAUGUGUGUCGAGAAUGUAACGACAACAGUCUCACCAACCACCCAAGCUGUCACCGUGCCAUUCAAGAAGUUUGAACCUUCCAAGGUCACAGUUACAAUCAGACCAACGAACGGUACCGACGGUAACGGAGGAGCUGGCUUUUCCGAUGAAAAAACGGAUCGUGGAAUAGUGGCUGGAAUUGUAAUAGGAGUGGUAACACUGGGCCUUGCUCUUCUGGCUCUAGUAGCCUUUUUGUGCUACAGGCAUUACCUACAUCGCAACGUCACAAGCAUGAACUUUGACAAUCCGGUGUACAGAAAAACGACUGAAGAUCAAUUUAGUUUGGAAAAAAACCGUUUCCCACUUCCCGCUGCAACUGUUGGCGAAGAGGCUCAGGAACCGUUAACAAGUCCUGGAACCAAUGACUACGUUUAAGACUCACUCGGCCUGCCAUGGGGCCUUACAGCAGGUCAAGAAGCAAGCAAAAAAUCAUGAAUGAAUCAAAAAUAGUCAUCAAAAUCUAACCGCGAUGGUGCAAACACACGCCUGCCCAAAUUCCCGCCCACCUGCCUG